GGUCUUUGCCUUCUCGACUGGGUCCUGUUUCGACAGCGAACAUGUCUCGGCCUGUCAGAAAUAGGAAAGUCGUUGAUUAUUCACAGUUUCAGGAAUCUGAUGAUGCUGAUGAAGAUUAUGGAAGAGAUUCGGGUCCUCCAGCUAAGAAAAGUCGAGCAUCUCCCCGAGAAGCUAAAAAUAAGCGGCGAUCUGGAAAGAAUUCUCAGGAAGAUAGUGAGGACUCUGAAGAUAAAGAUGUGAAGACCAAGAAGGAUGACUCUCACUCAGCAGAGGACAGUGAAGAUGAAAAAGAAGAUCAUAAAAAUGUGCGCCAGCAGCGGCAGGCAGCAUCAAAAGCGGCUUCGAAGCAGAGAGAAAUGCUCAUGGAGGAUGUGGGCAGCGAGGAAGAGCAAGAAGAGGAGGACGAGGCACCAUUCCAAGAAAAAGAUUCUGGCAGUGAUGAAGAUUUUCUAAUGGAAGACGAUGACGAUAGUGAUUAUGGCAGUUCAAAAAAGAAAAACAAAAAGAUGGUUAAGAAAUCCAAACCUGAGAGAAAAGAAAAGAAAAUGCCUAAACCCAGGCUAAAGGCAACAGUGACGCCGAGUCCGGUGAAAGGCAAAGGCAAAGUGGGCCGUCCCACAGCAUCCAAGGCAUCAAAGGAAAAGACUCCUUCCCCCAAAGACGACGAAGACGACGAGCCAGAAAGCCCUCCAGAAAAGAAAGCCUCUGCCAGCCCCCCUCCAGGGAAGUCCGGGGAUGAAGGGUCUGAAGAUGAAGCCCAGUCUGGGGAUGAUUAAAAGUGAUGAUGGUUUGGGGAGAGAUUUUAUUAAAGAGAGAAAGAAAGAGAACCUACUUACGAUAGAAUGUGGUUUUGGCUAUGGCUUGACUCAUGGGGUCUUUGAAUGCCUUUUUUUUUUUUUUUGUUAACCUUUCUUUCUUCCUUUAAAAAAGAAAAAAGAAAACCAUUGUAUCUUGUAAGUUACCUCUCUUGGAUGUUGGGCUUCUCUUUGCCAUCCCCACCCCACCCCACCCUCGAUGAAAGCCAUGUCCAAUUACUGGAUUGACUGCUUCAUCUUUUUAUUUUAAUGCAAGGUUAUAACGCAAUUAAGAUUUGAGAUGAACACUAUAAAAAAUUUCCUUUUUGCUAAAUGACAGGAAGUUGACUAGUGAUCAGAAAGUGUAGUGUGGAUUUAGUUAAAAUUGAUUGCUUCUUUGUUCCUACCUGCACUUUUUUUUUUAAAAGUCCUCUAAUAGGAGCUUUUAUUAUCUAUAUACAUGAGUAUCCAUGUCUUUUUAAAAAAUCAUGACCUUAAACUUCCACUGAUGGAGGCAGGUAGGGAAGGAGAUGAAGGUGAAUUCUAAGUUGUUACUAAAGUAUUCCUAUUUUUAUCUUGGGAGAGGCUGCCUGACUCUGAGGGUGCCAGUGCCCUUUCAUUCACCAUGGGGCUCAGAGACUCGCAGGGGACCCUCUCCUGUGCGGUCUUUAAGAAGGAAAUAAAAAAAGGCAGGGUCGCCAAAACUGAAAUCACUUUGGAUUUCAGAUCUCAUUCUCUAAGGGUUCAUGUUUUUAAAAUAUAUGUGUAUCUGUCUGUUUCUUAGAUAACAUUUUACCACGUAUAUCCCCCGCCCCAGGGAAAAGCAGACCCAGCAAAAACCCUCGCGUUGAGACGGCCAUGCCGAGCUCUGCUUCACAUUGACUUUCCUCCCAAACUACAAUGUUGUCUAGGCUUUAAGCAAAUAAAGUACCAGUUCAUGUGAAACUCAAAUACACAUGGGUUGCGAUGUCUCCUUCACGAGGAUAGAGAGAGAGUCGCUGUUCUUCUGUUCUGCUGGAGCUGUGUCCUCAGAUCCCGAGGCCCGUGCUGGUGUGGAGGGCAGCGUGUCUUCCUCUCCACACCCAGCUGCCCCUUUCUUCUGCAGCGCCUUCCAUAAUGCAUCUCUCCUCCGCUUGCUGUGACACCAGACUCCUUCCUCGACCUGCUCGUGCCCACUCCCUGUCCUGGGUGAGGGUGCGGUAACCCUUGGCUCGAGUCUCUCCCCCUGGUCCCCUGCUUACUGCUCUGGUGGCUGAAAGCAGGCGUUUGGGGCUCAGCAGUGCUAAAGAAGCCCUACAUUCAGGAGCCCUCCAUGCAGUUGAUGAGCAACACUUUAUACGUCUCACAAAAGAGGUAUAUAAAAUAAGAGACAUAAAAAGGACUUAUAAAAGGCUGAGAAAUUCCUGAAAUUCAAGCUCUUAUCUCUUUGCUGCCUUUUACCUGGGCUUGCUUCCUUGAUGCCCAGCUUUUAAGCUGCAGUAUGUUCUUGUUCCUGACAACAUGACUGUCUUGCAGGUGUUCUAAGAUGAAAGGUUUUGCCAGGAAUAUAUAUUUUUAUUGUGCUAUUUUUGGAAUCACCCAGUGGAUUCAUGUCCUCACUGUUACUCCAUCUAUGUUAAUAAGUUUGGAAUUUUCCAUGCCAGGACAAAAAUGUAAGACUUGAGCAUAAGUAGUGGUUGGAUUAUCUUUCUUGCAUAAACUUAUUCUUGGGAACUUUAUAGCAGUAGUGUGGAAAGAUCCUGUGCUGUAGUGGGUCUGUUCAAGAAUCCGUUUUUAACAAGAACGUCGAUGUUCCUUGUAGUAAAGACCUUCCAGUGCUUCUGCCACAGGCUGCCUUUUUCAGGGUUUAUAACCCAGGCUUACACUCCUGGCGGCAUUGGGGCUUAGAUGACAUCUCAUGAAGAGGGGGAGAGCUGUCUUAAAACGCCAACCUUGCGACUUUGCGUAACCCGAGUUCUCUGGUAGAUUCAUCUGUACUAGCAUCUCUGGUCGUGAUGUACACACCCGUAACCACAGCCUGCUUGGGUCCUUUAGGUAACUUGCGUGUGUUUGGGUGUGUGCUUGUUUGCUUGUGAACACCACUCCCCUUUCGUUUUUUUUGUUUGUUUUUCAAUCAUAAGAUUGAAAAUGUAUUCUAUAUGCCUGAGAGACUAGAGACCAGGCUCCAAAUGAUCUGUUGCCCACCACACCACCCCAGUCUUCCUCUAGGUCACUGCAUGCAAAUAGGAGGGUAGUUGCAGUGCCUCCUCUGGGAACAGGUGCUCAGUGGGCGUGGGCAUGACCAUUGGCACCGCCCUUCCCUCCACUUCCUCCUCUUUCCAGGUUGCCUGUGGGCAGGUGGCAGUAGCAUUGGUUAGCUCUCUUAAUUUGCAGUGCUCAGGAAAUAGGACUUAGAGGUGCUCGUUUGUGUUUUCUUCUCGCAGUGUCUGUUCACGCUGUUAGCUUUACCCAUGUGACAUACUUUUCAGCUCUGCUGACUGACACUACACCAUCCACCCCACCCCCAGGUUCCCUUCCAAGUGAUAGCAAUGGGGGUCUGGCUUCUUUUAUGAAACCAUCUGUAUCUUGCUGCUACUUCAGCCCCUCGUCGGCAUCAGUGGGGUGGGCCCCAAGGGGUUCACUUCAUUUUAGAAAUGGUAGUUUUUCUUGCUUCCCCUCUCCUCCCUCUACCCCCGUGUUGAUCCCAUAAAAGAAACUACUGGUGUUUCCUCUUAAGGAGGUGAUGAGAGCAAAUCUUUCAUUUUAAAGAAUCGGUGUAGAUGUAUUCCCAUGAAGGAACGUUGAUGCUGAUUUUGUUUCCCAUCUUGGUUGGCUCCGAAAUCAUUCUUUCGUGGAGUACUUCCUUCCUUGGGCAAGAGUGGAGCUCGAGGUUAAAACUCAGUAAACUGAGAGGGCCAGCCGAACCUGACACUUGGGCUUUGUUAUAACAGUUCUCUUUGUUUCAUGAGCAGUCAAGUCACAAGUCGAUUUCAGAGUACUGGCUAGGGGAGGAAAUAAUGCUUGUCUUUAAGCAAACUCCAACUGAGGAGAUGCCUUUCAGAUGGUUCGGUUAGGAAAGGUGGUGUGGCCCUUGUCCCUGCCCUCGAGAAUGAAUGCGCCUUUCAACAGUGCUUUCUGAGCCUGUGUCUCUGGUAGCUGUGCUGGGGAGAAAGGCUGUCACCGGAGGAGCCUACAUGUAGGCUCUGUUCUUCAUGGGCUUGAGUGAGUAAUACACGUUUCCUGCUGAGGAGUAGGGAAAAUAGAACAAGCUGGUUUCUCUUAAGGUAUGGAUAAUUGUCCGUUUCUCUGUGAAAGACGCUGCGUUUAUUUGAAAACGGAGUUCAUUAAUCGUUUGAAUCAGGACACCGCACUAUCCAAACCAAGUUUCAAUCUGCAACCCAUUUCCUUUUUGUCUUAGGAUCAACUUGAGAGAAUUCUUGAUUCCCAAACCCAUUGUUAUACCUCUGUCUGGGUUUUUUGUUUGUUUGUUUUCCCCUCCUCAAAGCCUAAUUCACAAAAUUCACAGUGGUGCUGACUGUGUAUUAACCACUAUUGGGGGGAAAAAUCCCAUAAAACCUGCCUGUUGCCAUGCCAAUGGAAUGACUGAGCUGGUGACAUCUGUGGGAGCAUGCUUUGUGUGGCUGGUGGAAUGCCACCAUUGUGCAUACACUUUGUACAUCAGGGGUUAAGGGAGGGUUUUCUAGAUUAUGGGGGGGAGGGUAAAAUUGGGGUAUUUUUUUUCUUUUUGCUGGGGUGGGGGUGUAGUACUCAGUUUAUGCCCUAAAUAACAUGUAUAAAAGCCCCUGAAGUAUUGUGUGGGUGUGAGUGUGUGUUUGUAUAUGUCUGGCAAUUAAACCUUUGUCUUCUGGAAAUUAGUGAAAAAAAUUUUUUUCUCCAGAAGUAUUUGUUACAAAACUUGUAAAUAAGAGCUCUACUAGUUUGUUUACCAUGAACAUGUUGCAUCAAACCUCUACACUUAAUAAUCCCUGCAAGAGUGCAGGAAAGACUGAAGACUUGCCAGGUUAAACAGCAGCCAAGUUCUUGGGGAAUUACUUGCCUUGAGAAUUCCUGUUCCAGACACACUCAUUUUGCCCACUCUAAAAUUCCCUGUCAACCUUUACUUUCCUCUGUAAGCGUUGACCUUCUGAGCAGGAAGGGUUCUAAGAGAGGACCUGCUCACAGCUGUUACCUAGUCCAGAAGCUGAGAUGGGGGCGUCCCUGUAUUCCCAGUGAACCUUUGUUUGCUACACACGUGGUUGCUCACCAGCAGGUUGGGCAUUCUUGCAAUGCUUUUCAGCAGUGCUGGAAUCUGUAGCUAUGGCACUAUGGGAAGGGAAGUAAGCUUGAAUGGAACCAUUUCAUUGAGAAGGCCUUUGGGUUUUUCUUUGGAUCUCACUGGGAUUGCCGUGUACAUGAUUUUGUUGGCAUGUCCGGGAACUGGAGAUGCAACAUGCCUUGGCGGAACUGUGUGAAGGUCCUUUGUGCUACUUAAUUUCCACAUCGGCGUAGACGAGA